GUUCGUUAUUAAAAUGAAUGAUGAUAUUAUCUAUGAUGUGUAUCAUAUUCAUAAUUACUUAAACGAGUUAGUUAAGAAUCCUACAUACAAUUCAUCUGGUGAACUUUUAGCUGGUGCACUAUUUAGAGCUGGUAAACCAAGUCGUAAUAAGACAAGCAAAUGGUAUGUUCCAAUGGAAGAAUAUUCAGAAAGUGUUUAUCCUGACUAUGUAUCUGGUUGGUUUUACAUAACAAAUUUAUUGACAUCAAAAUACAUAGCGAAAGAAGCUCAGAAGACACCAUUCUUUUGGAUUGAUGAUGUCUUUGUUACCGGUAUUAUUCGCCAAAACCUACAAAUAAAUCUACUACCACUCAAGUCUUGGAUAACUUUUGAAAAAGGAGCACUUGAGUGUUGCAUUGAAAUUGCGAAAACAUAUAGUUACUAUUGUGACUAUAAAGUGGGUCCAAUCGGCAGUGAACGGGGAUUUAUGUGUAAAUUCCAGCAUGCUAUGGAGAAAUGUCAUUUGCACCAAUGCAUACCGCGACCACCUAAGACUGCUCUAAACGUUUUGUGUGGAAAUAUAGCUGCUUACAGUAAGAUUGCUUGAUAUGUCCACUUCAUUUUUGUCUUUAAACAUUUUUGUAUCUAAUAAAUAUAUUUUUUGAGCAUUUACUUAAA